UUUGCGCUGACGUCAUCUCGGCGCGCCAGCUCUCCACUACUGCGGACCAGCCCAGCACCUCCAUGUGUCAGGCCGGUGAGGACUACGCGGGGCCGGCUCAGCGGGAGCCUCCGCCCGUGCCACGGCCGGGCCGGGAGCAGAAGUGUGUGAAGUGCGCAGAAGGCCUGCCGGUGGUGGUGAUACGAGCGGGAGAUGCCUUCUGCAGGGAUUGUUUCAAGGCAUUCUAUGUUCACAAGUUCAGAGCCAUGCUUGGGAAGAACCGACUCAUCUUUCCUGGCGAGAAGGUGCUGUUGGCAUGGUCUGGGGGGCCUUCAUCCAGCUCCAUGGUCUGGCAAGUUCUUGAGGGUCUGAGUCAGGGUUCUGCAAAACGGCUACGCUUUGUACCAGGAGUCAUCUAUGUUGAUGAGGGAGCAGCCUGUGGCCAGAGCCUAAAGGACAGAGAGAAGACCUUGGCAGAGGUGAAGCUGAUCCUGCAGAACACUGGCUUCCCAUGGCAUGUGGUUGCCUUAGAGGAGGUGUUCAGCUUGCCACCAUCGGUGCUGUGCUGUGCUUCCCAAGAGCCAGCAGGGACAGAGGAGGCCUACAAAAUGGCUGUGGACAGCUUCUUGCAACAGCAACAUGUGCUAGGGGUUGAGGGCUAUGCCAGCCCAGCUCAAGGAGAGGAUCAGCCACACCCAUCCCACAGCCAGGAACCCCUAGGCAUGGCUGGGUCCCCCAUAGCUGCUCAGACUGAGGCCUUGUCUAGGUUGUUCAGCUCCAUAAGGACACUGACAGCCAAAGAGGAGCUUCUGCAGACCCUGAGGACCCAUCUGAUUGUACAUGUAGCCCGAACCCAUGGCUACGGCAAGGUGAUGACUGGGGAGAGCUGCACCCGCUUGGCCAUCAAGCUUAUGACCAACCUAGCCCUGGGGAGAGGAGCCUUCCUUGCCUGGGACACGGGCUUCUCAGAUGAGCGGCAUGGGGAUGUGGUAUUGGUGAGGCCCAUGCGGGACUACACCUUGAAGGAAGUGGCCUUCUACAACCACCUGUUUGGUGUUCCCUCAGUCUUCACACCAGCCAUUGAUACCAAGGCUCCAGAAAAGGCUAGCAUCCACCGGCUGAUGGAAGCUUUUAUCCUGAGAUUGCAGACUCUGUUCCCCUCUACAGUCAGUACUGUGUACAGGACAAGUGAGAAGUUGGUCAAGGCUCCCCGGGACAGCUGUGCCACUGGCCCCUCGGGCCCCAACUGCCUCCUCUGCAUGUGUACACUGGACAUUGACACUGCUGACAGUGCCACGGCCUUUGGGGCUCAGUCCUCCUCACAUCUCUCCCAGAUGCUGCCUGCUGAGGCUGGGAUGCCUACCCCACCCAACUGUGGUGCAGGGGAGGGUCAGGCCCAGAGCUGCCACAGGGGAGUUGGCAGAAGGGAGGAUGUGCAGGCCUGCAUCAUGGAACAGCUGUGCUAUGGCUGCCGGGUGAACAUGAAGGACCUGCCCUCCCUGGACCCAUUGCCACCCUACGUCCUGGCAGAGGCUCAGCUCCGCAGCCAGAGGGCCUGGGUCUCUCGGGAAAUUCAGGAGUAUCUGAUUACAGACGAUGAUGAGGAAGAGGAGGAGGAAAGCAGGGCUGAGCCUGGGCAUACCCAACCAUGCAAAGCUAUCAAGCAGGAAGGAGAAAACACUGGGAUUGGUCUAUGACGGUCCAUUUGUAUAAAUAAAAAUGUUUUUACUUAGAAAA